CAAGAGUCGCGAGCGGCGGCGGGCUCUGCUGCGUCGGCUUCGUUCCGAGCGCAGGCAGCCCGAGCAAGCGACGUAUUGAAGUUCGAGCCCAGCACUUUCUGGCAACGCUGACUCCAGUUGCAAAAUUUUUCUUUUGCAGCGGAGUUCCCAUAAAUGGAACCCUCUUCUUGUGACACUUUUGUGGCAUUACCUCCAGCAACAGUUGGGAAUAGGGUUAUUUUUGGAAAAAAUUCAGACAGGCUCUUUGAUGAAGUACAAGAAGUAAUUUAUUUUCCAGCUGCAGUUCAUAAUGAUUUGAAAAAAGGUCUCAAGUGUACUUAUAUAGAAGUUGAUCAAGUUCCAGAAACAUACGCUGUUGUCCUUAGUCGUCCGGCUUGGCUGUGGGGGGCAGAAAUGGGUGCCAAUGAGCAUGGAGUCUGCAUUGGAAACGAGGCUGUGUGGGGAAGGGAAGAUAUUUCUAAGGAGGAAGCACUUUUGGGCAUGGACCUCGUCAGGCUUGGCCUUGAAAGAGCUGACACAGCUGAGAAAGCUCUGGAUGUCAUUGUUGACUUAUUAGAAAAAUAUGGCCAAGGUGGAAACUGUGCAGAAGGUGAAGAAUUGAGCUAUUACAACAGUUUCCUGAUAGCUGAUAGGAAUGAAGCCUGGAUUCUGGAGACUUCAGGGAAGUACUGGGCAGCAGAAAAGGUCCAAGGAGUUCGUAAUAUUUCCAAUCAGUUUUCCAUAACAACCAAGAUUGACAAGGAACAUCCAGACAUGAGAAACUAUGCUAAGCAGAGGGGCUGGUGGGACGGCACAGAGGAGUUUGACUUUACUGCGGCCUAUUCUUAUAUCAACACGGCUGCCAUGAUGACAUCACCAAGCAGAUACUGUCAGGGCUACAGGCUUCUGGAUAAACACAAAGGAAACAUAACUUUUGAAACAAUGAUGGAAAUUCUUCGAGACAGACCCAGUGGCAUUAACAUGAAGGGAGAAUUCCUGACCACAGCAAGCAUGGUUUCUGUCUUACCUCAAGAUCCCAGCCUUCCUUGCAUUCACCUCUUUACGGGGACUCCGCACCCUGAGAGGUCAGUUUUUAAGCCUUUCAUAUUUGUGCCACAUAUUUCACCACUGUUGGAUACGAAAUCACCAACAUUUGAACUUAAAAGGCCAAAGGCAAAGAAGCCAUAUGUCAAGCCUGACAGAAGACACCUGCUCUACCAAAACCAUCAACAGGCCUUGGAAAUGAUAAGUAACAAUAAGGAAAAAGGCAAGACAAUAUUGGACAACAUGAGGAAGCUGGAAAGAGCAGUGUCUGAAGAGAUUGAAUCAAUCCUCCAGAACAGACAUCUUGACGUAGAGAAAACUGUUAAUCUCUUUCCUCAAUAUGUAAAAGAUGAAAUUAAAAUUUAUCAGUCAAAUAUUAGUUCUUAAUGAUCA